AUGUUCCUCACGUUGACGAUUCUCAUCUUCACCCUCUCGCAAUUCGCUAUUGCUAUCUUCGCUGCCACACAGAUGCAACAGCUUGGGUUUGUGAACAUCCUUCUCGUGACUCACGCCAACACUUGGACGGAGUGCACGACGUACUCCAUUGCGGCUGGAAUCAACAUCACCAUCGCUGCUAUCGCUUAUGUGUCGAUCCAAAAGCCUUACGUUCUCCAGAAAUACGGCCGGACGACCUUUAUGAAGGAGUUCGAGUAUUGGACCGUCAAGAGUCUAUUCGGCGCCGCCUGCUCAGCUCCGGGUUACUUCAGCUUGCUUUCUAUCGUUAAUGCGAUUCAGUCUACUAUCAUGGACGUCGACAUGAUCUGGCUAGCGGGCACCUUCAUCGUCGGAAAUCUGUACACGCUCAGCAUCCUCUUGACUGUCCAGUCCGAUCUUACUGCUAUCACUGCUUACACUGUGGGCAGUAUGGCGCCGGAGGCCCGAUCUGACAGAGGCUCCGUCGCUCACCGCUCUUCGACGGCAACUCUGACUAACGAUAGUGCACUUUGGGAGGACAUUGUCAAGGCGCAGACUACCAAGGCAGCGCUCAAUCCAGUUUCGAAGCAAGGAGUAACAACCUCCGCUCAGGAGUCUGAGGUCGGACAGAUCAAGUACGACCUCGACUACGGCAAGAUCGCUGCUGUAUAA